AUGAAUGAGAUCAAGACAUAUGAUGUGGCCCAGUCACUGAGCCGCCGCCGAGGACUCAGCUGCCUCCCUCUCGAGCCCCCUCGCUUCCUCCACUCUUUCGACCCCUUUGCUGAUGCAAGUAAGGGUGAUGACCUGCUUCCUGCUGGCACUGAGGAUUAUAUCCAUAUAAGAAUUCAACAGAGAAACGGCAGGAAGACCCUUACCACUGUCCAAGGGAUCGCUGAUGAUUACGAUAAAAAGAAACUAGUGAAGGCGUUUAAAGAGAAAUUUGCCUGCAAUGGUACUGUAAUUGAGCAUCCAGAAUGUGGAGAAGUAAUUCAGCUACAGGGUGACCAGCGCAAGAACAUAUACCAGCUCCUAAUAGAGAUUGGACUGGCUAAGGACGAUCAGCUGAAGGUUCAUGGGUUUUAA